AUGGGCCGGGCGCUGGGCCGGGUGACGGCCAAGACGCCGGUGGCACGGCCGCAGGACGGCGACGUAGCCCGGAGCCCUGCGGUUCCGGGGUCGAGGGAUACUGGCCCGACGACGACACGUGGCUCGAGGCCACAGUUUCUCAGGUUCUGGAGGAUGGCUCCUAUACGAUCGUCUGGUCAAUGGAUAACUCCGAAAGCGACGUGCCUGCUGACUACGUACGCUGGCCUGGUGGGGAUGCAGGCGCGGGUGCAAGGUGCAUGGAGCCCGGAACUGAUCCGCCGGGCGCACAGGCACUUUGACAAGCACCGCUUCGACAACUACACAGACUGGCUUGACAGAGAGACACGGAAGCGGAACCGGCAGGAGGGCAAGCACAUCGGGCAUGGGUUCCAAGUGCCCCAGCCGCCACAUCCGCCCCGCCCUGUGCGUCCCUUCUACGUCACGGAGCAGAGCAUGACGUCCGGGCUCAUGGUCACACGCAAGUACAACCAGUUGGAAUCCAACUACCAGACGGUGGCCACCAGGUCCGAUGCCCACCACUACCCCAACUACAUCGAUGUCAAAGAUUCGGACCACUACAAGGACCACCGGCGCCGGAACUGCCACUGCGAGCCGGCGCGCUGGGUGGUGGACCCUAAGCUCCGGGCCGCCGUCACGGACCGGGAGGUGGAGCAGCGGCUGAGGGCGGAGCGCGGGGAGACCAGGUCUUAUCCUGACCCGGACAUUCUCGGGAUUCUGUUCGGCGAGGACGUGAAGCCACAGAAGGAGACGUUCAAGCAGCUGAAUGUGGACCUCUCCUGCGUGGACCUGCCCCACCAGGAGGGCGGGCCGGUGAAGGGGCGCCAGAAGUUUCUGGAGCGGAAGAACUUCAUGCCAGAGCCGGUGCCGCCGCCGGAGGAGGUGGAGGCAGAGAUGGCGCGCAGCGGCUGGAAGUGGUGCAAGGAGGAGCGGAAGUUGCUGGAUACCACCGCAGCCUGGAGUGAGGAGAAGGCGCAGCUGCACCGCAGCCAAAGCCUUCCGCAGGGCCUGGCGGGUCCCUCCUUGCUGCCGGGCGCCAACGGCGCCCCCGCCUCGCCCUUCCACGGCCUCGCCACCCGGCGCUUCGGAGAGGACUCGGGCUGGGAUGGCCGCAUGCGGGGCUCGCUGCUGGCGCGGCGGAACUGGGCAGGCACAGCACCGGACAAGGACUCCGAUGGGACAGCCUCCCGGCUUUUCUUGGCCGCAGGACUGCAAACGCUGAGCGCUCUGAGAACUUUGGAGCAGGUCGGAGCGCGCACUCCGCGCAACUGGAGCUGCGAGAAGCGUGCACGCGAAGAGGCGCCCGGCCCGGAUCUGGAUGCUGUGGAGAUGAACGUCGACACCAUGGAGGCGACGCUGGAUGAGCGCCGAGUGUUGCCGCAGUACUCCGCUCUGGGUGAGAAGCGGGAGGCGCUUCCUGCCUACAAGCAGCGCAGCCAAGUGGUGACGGCAGUGAAGGACAGCCAGGUGGUGCUCCUCAGCGGCGAGACGGGCUGCGGCAAGUCCACCCAGGUGCCGCAGCUGAUUUUGGAUGCUGCCCCGGAGGCCAAGAUCCUGGUGAUGCAGCCGCGCCGCAUUGCGGCCACCACCCUGGCGGAGCGGAUCGCAAAGGAGCGAUGCCAGCCCCUGGGGGUGGACGUGGGCUACCAGGUGCCCAACGGUGGCCGGGCGGAGCACGCCCGGCUGGUCUUCUGCACCCUUGGGGUCUUCAGAAGGCGCUUACUGAAGGAUCCCGACCUGACGGGCAUCACUCACGUCAUCUUCGAUGAGGUCCACGAGCGAGACAAGCUGGCGGACUUCAAUAUGAUCGUUGUCCGCGACCUCCUGGCACGAAGGACUGAUCUGAGGUUGAUGCUCAUGAGCGCGACGCUUCAGAUGGACACCUUCGAGCGCUACUUUGAAGGCGCUGCGAAGGUGAAGAUCCCCGGCCGGGUGUUCCCGGUCAACGAGCUGUACCUGGAUGAGGUGGCCGCCACGCUCUACAAGCAGCCGAUGUUUCGCUCGUGGCUUGGGCCGGGCAUCUUGUGUGGCGGCAUCGACAUCCCUGCUGGCGCGGAGGGGGAUUGGAAUGAACGCGCCUGGAAGACCAUUGUCUUCAAGAACACCAAGCCGGAGGAUCGGGACUCCCUGUGGGGCCUGCGGGAGAAGGGCCUGGAAGGCCAAAUGACGGCGCCCAUGUCCCGCGCGCGGCUGGUGGACGGCCUGAGGAAGCACGACGUGCUGCAGCAGAGUGGACUUGCUUUCGACUAUCCGAUCAUCGAGGCGCUCAUCCUUCACAUCGACAGGAUGUACAAGGACGCUCAGAAGGCAGCUGCAGGAGAGGAGGAGAAGGUUGCGGGCACCAUCCUCGUCUUUCUGCCCGGCUGGGGUGACAUUGACACCCUCCAAAAGCGCCUUGCGCAGAACUUCGACCCGAAGCGAUUCAAGAUCUUGCCGCUGCACUCACAGGUGACGCCGCAGCAGCAGCAAGAGAUCUUUGAGCCAGCACCUCCUGGGAUACGCAAGAUUGUGCUGACCACCAACAUUGCAGAGGCCUCGAUCACGGUGGAGGGUACCGAGUUUGUCAUCGACUGCGCCAGGGCCAAGGAGCUGAGCUACGACCCCUACCUCAAGGUCGGCACUCUCACGACCUCGUGGAUCUCCAAGGCUUCUGCCAAGCAGCGAGCAGGGCGAGCAGGCCGGACGCAGGGAGGCCUGUGCUUCCACCUCUUCUGCCGGGAGCGCUACAACAAGGUGGACGACUUUUUGCCGCCGGAGCUUCUCCGGAGCCCGCUAGAGGACUCCGCCCUCACCGCCAAACUGAUGCUCUUGCAGAUGGGCUCUGAGGAGAAGGUCUCGGAGUUCCUGUCGAAGGCGCCAGACCCGCCAGAGAAGUUGGCCAUCGAGAACUCAAUGCAGUUGCUGGUGGAGCUGGGUGCUCUGACCAAGGGCGAGCAGCUCACCACCUUAGGGGAGCACCUCACGAAGUCGCCUUUGCCCCCGCGCUUGGCGAAGACAGUGCUCUGGGCAAUCCUCCUGGGUUGCCUGGACGACGCGCUGUGCGUCGUGGCGGCCGCCGGGGGCUUCUUCCGGGAUCCCGUCCGCAUGGGCGGGCUGGACAGAGAGCAGGCGCAAGCUCUGAAGAGGGACCUGGCGAAGCCUCACAAUUCGGACCACGGGUGCCUUCUGAACGCCAUGGUGGGCUACACGGAUGCCAGCAACCAGCAGGCCUUCUGCGACAAGUGGCAGCUGAACCAGUCCAUCAUGCGCCUCAUCCGGGACCAGCAGAACCGGCUCUACACCGAGUGCCAAGAGAACAAGACCGACUCUUUCGCCAACCGCCACCGCGGCAACUUCCCGCUGCUUAUGGCGGUGCUUUGCGCGGGCAUCUUCCCCAACGUUGCCCGCCGGAACGGAGGCUCGGACUUUUUUGAGGCCCAGGGCGGCAAGGUGGAGGCGCGGCCUCACGGCACUUCCGCGUACGUGCCCAGCGCGCCGAACGAGUGGGUCCUCUUCCAGGAGCUUUCGCAGAUGGAGAGCAGCUACCGCAUGAAGCUGGUGUCUCCAGUGACUCCGCUGCAGAUGCUGCUGCUAGGAGGGCAAGGGCCACUCAAGAAGGAGGGCAAGGGCGGUGGCAAAGGCCAAGUCUCAGUGUCGCUGCUGGACGGAUGGGUCAAAUUCCGCACCGAUGAGGCGACCGCCGACCAGGUGCAGAAAAUCCGGGCCGCGCUGCAGACCGCCUUUCAGAGCUUCUGCGCCAAUCCCGACAAGAUCCCCAGCCAAGUGACUCUCACAAUACUAGACGAGGUGGCUGCCUUGCUUGGCGAAGCCAGCGGAGAGGGUGCCACUGGCGGCCUCAAGCGCGCCGCCUCCUGGUCUGCGGAAGGUGCCGAGUGGCGUGGCGGCCCUGCCUCCAGGCUUACACCCAAGAUGCCAGGCAAAGGCUCCUGGAAAGGUGGCAAAGACAGCUUCAAGGGAGGUGGCAAGAACAGCUUCAAAGGAGGCUGGAAAGGUGGCAAAGGCUGGUGA